AGCAUAUCAAUCUAUAUUCUAUCAUAUAUCUGCAUUUUGAUUUCUUUGUAGUUGAUCAACCAUGGCUACCCGUGGAAGGCUAGAGGUAGACAUUGAGCUCAAGUCUAACCCAGACAAGUACUGGAAAACCCUUAGGGACUCUACAACCAUAUUCCCUAAGGCCUUCUCACAUGAUUACAAAAGUAUUGAGAUUCUUGAGGGUGAUGGCAAGUGUCCUGGUUCUGUCCGCCGCAUAACUUAUGCUGAAGGGUCACCACUUGUGAAAGUAUCCAUUGAGAAAAUUGAAGCUGCUGAUGAUACAAAGAUGACAGUAACAUAUUCUGUGAUUGAGGGGGACCUCCUCAAGUACUACAAAAAAUUCAAGGGGCACAUCACUGUAACACCCAAUGGCGAUGGAUGUGAGGUGAAAUGGGCUGCUGAGUACGAAAAGGCUAACCUUGAGAUUCCUGAUCCAACUGUCAUCAAAGAUUUUGCAGUUAAGAACUUCUUAGAGGUUGAUGAGUAUGUUCAAGCACAAGCAUAGAGGUUCAACACCAUUGAAUGACCAUAAUCUUAGUAAAUGUAUUAUUAAAUAAUGUGGUGGUUCCACCAUUUCCUGUUCUGUGUUGUUAUUGAUCCAGUUGUCCAUUAUUCAAGCACGAGUAAUGGAAUAUGAGAACUGAAAUAUAUUUGAUUCUCUAUAUAUGCUUAUUCAU